UUUGCAUUCUGUUGUUUUGUCUCCUGAAACCGUCACGUUGUUUUGUGAGCGGGGGUCACAAAUUGGAGUCGAGCGCCGUCUGGCGGUGUUAUGCGGUGUUAGGGCGCGGCUCCGGAUUGUCAUCGCGACGCUGACGUGAUGGUGACGAAGUCCUGACAUGGACGCAGAGAUGAUUCCCAAGUUCUCCACAAAGGAUGAAGAAGUGGACUACUGGAAGUCCCAAGCCCUGAAGUAUCAGCAAAGCUGCCGCGAGGCCCGGGAGGAGCUGCAGGAGUUCCAGGAGGGCAGCCAAGAGCUGGAGGCCGAGCUGGAGGCGCAGCUGGGCCAGGCCGAACGGCGCCUGCGCGACCUGCAGAGCGAGAACGAGCGGCUCAAGAGCGAGGCGGACAACCUCAAGGAGAAGCUGGAGAAGCAGCACGCCCAGAGCUACCAGCAGAUCUCCGUGCUGGAGGACGACCUGGGCCGGACGCGCAGCGUCAAGGAGCAGCUCCACAAAUCGGUGCGCAAGCUGGAGCAGGCCAACGACGACCUCGAAAGAGCCAAGAGGGCAACCAUCGUGUCCCUGGAGGACUUUGAGGGCCGCUUAAACCAGGCCAUCGAGAGAAACGCCUUCCUGGAGAGCGAGCUGGACGAGAAGGAAUCCCUCUUGGUGUCGGUGCAGCGACUCAAAGACGAAGCGCGAGACCUGCGACAGGAACUGGCGGUGCGCGAUAGGACGACGGACAGGAGGUCGGCGCCCAGCUCGCCCACCUCGGAGCCGGACUCGGCCGCGCCGGCCUCGCUGUCGCUGCCGGCCACGCCGGUGGGCCAAAGCGCCGAGCGACCCUCGCUCGGUCCCAGAGCUUUGCCCAACGGCUGCGGCAGCUCGUCCCUCACGCCCUCGGCCAGAAUCUCCGCUCUCAACAUCGUCGGCGAUCUGCUUCGGAAAGUCGGGGCUUUGGAGUCCAAACUGGCCGCCUGCAGGAGCUUCGCCAAAAACCAGGCGGCCAAGAAGAGCCUCGCGCUGGCGGACAACGGCGCGCUCGUCAAUGGCAACGCCCCCAAGUUUUCGCACGCCCUGCACACCACCUACUUUGACAAAGGCGGCACCGUCAACGGACUGGACCGGGGGCCCCCGACCUCCAGAACCGCGUCCCCCCCGGGCCUGCUGCCCCUGAGCGUGUGACACUCGGAGGACGCAAGACGGUGGCGUCGGAUGCGUGUGUGUUUGCACAAGAGACUUGACGACAGGACGUGCCUCAAACUGUCUUUUUGGGGGGGGGGGUUGUCUUUCUUUUUGGGGACUUUGUGUCCCAUCCGUGUGGCGCCGCGCUUUGUCCGAAUGCCCGCGUGUGUUACGUAUUUUUUGGGGGGGGGUGGCGGUACACGGCCCCCCACCCCCCGCAAUGACAAAUGGUCCCUUUGGACCGCGCUACUUCCCCCGUGUGAUUUGCACAGUUCCGCGACUCGGUCCCCUCCUUCGGAAUGUAUUCCACUGAAGGAAAAGGGACGCCUUCACCUUAACUUAUCUCAGCGGAAGCUUUCCAACAAUGCAGUAUUCCGUCGUACGUCGAGGCGGGCGGGGCCUUGCCACGCCCACCUCCACACUUGGGACUGAAGUGAAUGUUGAUCGUUCCGAGCUUGCUAGCCAAAGUGCGGUCCAGCUGCAUGCAUGUCAAGUGUGUCUUUUUUUUAUUUGCGUGUGUGUGAGAGAGAGAAAAUGUCCGCCACUUUGACACGCUGGCGUCGAUCGGCGCAGUGGCCCUUUAAAUCCAACACGAGCAUAUUGGCGAUGAAACUAAGAAAGAGGCGUGGCGCCAUCACCUCGCUCCACUUUGUAAAUUGUCAAUGCGGCGGCCCGCCGGCGAGGAGGCGGCCGGUCAAAGUGGCCCGGCCGCCGAUGUUCAUUUCCCGCCACCGUCCGUGACCGAAGCGCGCUGCCGGAGACGCUUUGGCCGCACGCCAUCCUCAUUCAGCUCCGCCCCUCCUUUUUGUUUUUCAUCCAUUUAUUUAUUGUGUGUAUGGCACGCGUGUAAGCCGCUGCAGGAUGAUGUGAACUUUUUGGGGAAUAAAUUGAGAUUGACACAAGCGAC